AUUAUAUACCUUUUAUCAAGAUUGCGAUUAUGGACAUUGCAGAGGACAUCUAUACCAACAUAGAGGAAGUCAGUUUUAAAGGCUGUGAUGAUCUGACUGCAGGUUACGCAACUUUACACAUGGGUCUGCAGGAUGGAACUAGACUGAAGAGUGGGAAUGAAAAUUCUCAGCCUUUCAGACUGGUUACUGUGUCUCUGGGACUGCUGUGUGUUCUCCUACUGGCCACAGUCAUAAACCUGUCUGUGCACUACCAUAAAAAACACAAUCAACUGUCCAGACUCCAGAUCUCAUACAACAACCUGACUGAGCAGGAACAAAAGUACCAGAACACCGUUUCAGAACAAGAGAACAAAAUAUCAGAAAUGCAGAUCUUGUUCAACAACCUGACUGAUGAGAAUCAUAAGUUACAGAACAAAAUAUCACAAAAGGGUAAGUUUAAAUCCAAAUCUUGUAAUAAAAAAAAAUUCAUAUACAGUGGCCCUCAUUAAUGAAACGUGCGUUCUAUCAGAGAUGGGCAAAGAUGCAUCAACAUUUAUUUUAAAAUAAGCUACCAAGUACCUUAAUUUUAAG